UUUUGUUUUUGAAAUUCUAAUAAACACAUGAACCCAUUCACAUAAACUUCCUUGUUUCAGUAAAAAGUAUUGAACUUUACCAUGACAGCACUUGCUCAAAUUCCCAUCAAUUUAUCACCCUUAAAGACACCACAUGAUGCUUUGUACAAAAAAACAAACUUUCUUGGGCUGAAAUUACAGCGACCCAGUUGUUGUUUCACUAAUUUAAGUGCAAGAAAAGUGUCAAUUUGUAGUAGUUGGUACAAAUUAGGAGCUUUUAAGGAGAAAAACUCAUUCUUGACAGAUAAAAAUGGGAUUUUGAUGAAGGAGGAGAGAUGGGGUUGUGAGAAAAGAAUGGUUUUUGUGAAAUUUAAACAAGGGUUUGGAUUGGAUGGGAUUGGUGAUGGUGGUGGUGGUGGUGGUGGUGGUGGUGGGGGUGGUGGGAGGGAUAAUAGUGAGACUGUGAGAGUGUUGAGUAAUCUUGUGCUAGCAAUUGGGCUUACUUAUCUUACUAUGACUGGUCAGCUGGGUUGGAUCUUGGAUGCUAUUGUUUCUGUUUGGAUCCUUGCAGUUCUACUUCCAAUUUUAGGUUUGGGAGCUUUUAUUUGGUGGGCUGGACGAGAUAUUGUUCAAAGCGCUUGCCCAAACUGCGGGAAUGAAUUUCAAAUUUUCAGGUCUACUUUAAAUGAUGAGGUUCAGCUUUGCCCUUUCUGUACUCAGCCAUUCUCAGUUGUUGGUAAUAAGUUCGUGAGAGACCCAGUAACGUUCUCCAACCAGUCAACUACAUUUGGCCAAGCAUUCGGUGAUUUCAGUACUCGUUCAAAGAAAGGUAAGGAUUCUUCUAUCGGAAUUGUUGAUAUAGAAGCAGAAGUUAAGGACGCGGACUAGGCAGUGGUCUCCAGUCAUACAGUAGCAUAUGGUAAAGCACUUAGAUUAUUUUUGCAUCUUUGCCUAUGC